GCAAGAUGUCCUGGCAAAGCAGAGGGAGUGGCGAAGAUAGGGGAGGCUGUGACACAUACCCGAUUUGUGUUCACAGAUGUGGAUAGCGAUGAGGUGGUGCUGAUGAAGUUGCUGCAGGUGCUUCAAACGCUUACUGUCCUGCCUAUCGGCAACCUGUUGACUGACGAGGCUGUGUGUGAGAUGAUUCAGGCCGUGUUCCGCAUCUCGUGCAGAUCUCGUCUCAGCAAGCUGUUGCGUAAAUCAGCGGAGAAUGCACUGUUUGAGAUGGUGGUAUAUCUCUUCGGACGUUUGCAUGACUUCCUGCAUCUGAGCAAGAAGCAUAUACUUGGAGGAAAGGUGGCGUGUAACCAUGGAAACCAGCUGCAUUGCAACGGCAACGGCUCCGGGAGCUCCGAGGGCGGAGAGGACGGGUGA